AUGGCCGCCACCGCAAGAGUGAGCCCGAUACCCCUAGCACAGCACAUCCCAACGCUGCUCUUCAUCUCAGUCACCGUCCUCACCUCGACGCUCAUCUCGCGCAACCAGCCAGUGCCGUACAUCGACGAGAUCUUUCACAUUCCACAGGCACAGCGACUCUGCUCAGCGCUACUUUCUCCCGAUAAAAUCACAGCUAGUGUCUGGCAACGAUUACGGAGCGUGGAGUACGAUCCGAAGCUCACGACUCCCCCCGGGCUGUAUGCCAUCUCAUUAGCGCUAGCCAAAGUGUUGCCAGGCUGGGAGUGUGGAGAUGUAGCAUGGCUGAGGAGCACAAAUCUGGUGCUGCUGCUGACGAUGCCUGUGCUGGUGGCUAGGACCCUGCGCCAGAACGACGAGAGGAUAGGCGGCAAAGCUGGGCGCCCGAACGCAGCUCGACACGUGCAACAACGCAGCCCGCCAUCCAGGAAGACGCCAGCAGUCCCCCGCGCCCUCAUUAAAGAUCUUCAGGCGAAAGCAGCAUCCGAAACUCCACCCACCCCUGAUGCAUCGCAGGACAGCCUACCGGACAUCGACCCGUCCACCAUACCCGUCACACGCACUGCACCCCCCACCCCAUCCCCAUCACCGCUGCCUCAGAAGCCGAAGAGAAAAGAAGCGACGCCCUACACGAUGGCUCUCGCAAGCACAAUCUGCUUCCUUCCCCCACUAUGGUUCUUCGGCUUCCUGUACUACACCGACAUCGCCUCUGUCUGGCUAACGCUGGCGUGUUGGACGCUGUACAACGACCUCGCCGCCUCGCCGCGGUUUCUCACCAGCACGCUCAUCGCUGCGAUCUCGUUGCUGGCGGUGAUGGUGAGACAGACAAACAUCGUCUGGGUCGGCUUUUGCGCUGCACAAGCACUACUUGCACGAAUACCGAUGAAGGGGCCGGGGCUUGUAGCUGAGCUGUCAAGUUUGUUGACAGCCGCGUUUGGUAGAAAGAGGUGGCAGUUGUGGAGGUCGACGAUGAUCAUGGCAGCACCGAUGGUACCCAUGCUCGUCGGCUGCGCAGCAUUCAUCCGGUGGAACGGGAGCAUUGUACUAGGCGACAAGUCGAACCACCAGGCAGGGAUACACCUGCCCCAGAUGGGAUACUUUUUGGCCUUCGCAACUGGGUUCGGGGUCUUUCCGCUGCUCUUCUCGCUCAUACCCGCGCAGGCGCGAGCUCGAUCGAAUGCGACACUGUCAGCCCUCAUAGGGUCUGUUUCGUCUGCAGCUGGGGUGCUGCUGAAGGCAACUCUCGGCUCAGCAACAGGACUCAUCACCCUUGCAGCAUCAUUAGCGGCGUUCUACAUCGCAGUCGACCGCUUCACCAUCGACCACCCGUUCCUGCUCGCCGACAACCGACACUACACGUUUUACAUCUGGCGGCUCUUUCGUCGCACCUACCCUUUUGCAGGGGUUCACAUUCAGCCCAGAUACGCCAUGGUACCGCUGUACUCUCUCGCGCUGGUCGCGUGGAGCACCGCGCUCAGUACGAACCAGGGAGCGUUGGGCAAUGCGCUGUUCUGGUUGGCGACAAUGGCGACCUUGAUCCCGACACCACUGGUCGAACCGCGGUACUUUUUGAUACCGUACAUCGUGCUGAGGAUCAGCUGCCAGCCGAGAGGAGGAGAAGGAAGGAUCAAGUGGGUCUCUCUGGCGGGGGAAGUGGCAACGUAUGCGCUGGUCAAUGUGGGGACCGUGGCGUUGUUUGUGCGGAAGCCCUUCGAGUGGGCACCCGAAGCAGUGGAUAGGGGGAGGGGGGAGGGGACGACGAUGCGAUUCAUCUGGUAA